CGGGGACGGCCGGACCAGCGAUGCCGGCGGGCAUGACGAAGCAUGGCUCGCGCUCCACCAGCUCGCUGCCGCCCGAGCCCAUGGAGAUCGUACGCAGCAAGGCGUGCUCACGCCGGGUGCGCCUCAACGUCGGGGGCCUGGCACACGAGGUGCUGUGGCGCACUCUGGACCGCCUGCCCCGCACGCGGCUGGGCAAGCUCCGGGACUGCAACACGCACGACUCUCUGCUCCAGGUGUGCGACGACUACAGCCUUGAGGACAAUGAGUACUUCUUCGACCGCCACCCGGGCGCCUUUACCUCCAUUCUCAAUUUCUACCGCACGGGCCGCCUGCACAUGAUGGAGGAGAUGUGCGCGCUGAGCUUCAGCCAGGAGCUGGACUACUGGGGCAUCGAUGAGAUCUACCUGGAGUCCUGCUGUCAGGCCCGCUACCACCAGAAGAAGGAGCAGAUGAACGAGGAGCUGAAGCGCGAGGCUGAGACUCUGCGGGAGCGGGAGGGCGAGGAGUUCGACAACACGUGCUGCGCCGAGAAGAGGAAGAAACUCUGGGACCUCCUGGAGAAGCCCAACUCCUCGGUGGCCGCCAAGAUCCUGGCCAUCAUCUCCAUCAUGUUCAUCGUCCUCUCCACCAUUGCCCUGUCUCUCAACACACUGCCCGAGCUACAGAGCCUGGACGAGUUUGGCCAGAGCACAGAUAACCCACAGCUGGCGCACGUGGAAGCGGUGUGCAUUGCGUGGUUCACCAUGGAGUACUUGCUGAGGUUCCUGUCCUCGCCCAAGAAAUGGAAGUUUUUUAAGGGCCCUCUCAAUGCCAUUGACUUACUGGCCAUCCUGCCCUACUAUGUCACCAUCUUCCUCACGGAAUCCAACAAGAGCGUGCUGCAGUUCCAGAAUGUGCGCCGUGUGGUCCAGAUCUUCCGCAUCAUGCGCAUCCUUCGCAUCCUGAAGCUGGCCCGCCACUCCACCGGCCUCCAGUCCCUGGGUUUCACACUGCGCAGAAGCUACAACGAGCUGGGCUUGCUCAUCCUCUUUCUCGCCAUGGGCAUCAUGAUCUUCUCCAGCCUGGUCUUUUUUGCCGAGAAGGAUGAGGAUGACACCAAGUUCAAAAGCAUCCCUGCCUCUUUCUGGUGGGCCACUAUCACCAUGACAACCGUUGGGUAUGGAGACAUCUACCCUAAGACUCUCCUGGGGAAAAUCGUGGGCGGCCUCUGCUGCAUUGCUGGGGUCCUGGUGAUCGCCCUUCCCAUUCCCAUUAUCGUCAAUAACUUCUCGGAAUUCUACAAGGAGCAGAAGCGGCAGGAGAAAGCCAUCAAGCGGAGAGAGGCUCUGGAGAGGGCCAAGAGGAAUGGCAGCAUCGUGUCCAUGAACAUGAAGGAUGCCUUCGCCCGGAGCAUCGAGAUGAUGGACAUCGUGGUCGAGAAAAACGGAGAGAGCAUGGCUAAGAAGGAUAAAGUGCAGGAUAACCAUCUGUCUCCCAACAAGUGGAAAUGGACCAAGCGGGCACUGUCUGAGACCAGCUCAAGCAGGUCCUUUGAAGCCAAGGAGCAGGGGUCCCCUGAGAAGGCCAGGUCAUCUUCUAGUCCUCAGCACCUCAAUGUUCAGCAGUUGGAAGACAUGUACAAUAAGAUGGCCAAGACGCAGUCCCAACCCAUCCUCAAUACCAAGGAGAUGGCACCGCAGAGUAUGCCAAAGGAAGAGCUAGAGAUGGAAAGCAUGCCCAGCCCCGUGGCCCCUCUGCCCACACGCACAGAAGGCGUCAUCGACAUGCGGAGCAUGUCCAGCAUAGACAGCUUCAUCAGCUGCGCUACGGACUUCCCUGAAGCCACCAGAUUCUCCCACAGUCCUCUGGCGUCCCUCCCCAGCAAGGCUGGGGGCAGCACAGUUCCAGAGGGAGGCUGGCGGGGGGCUCUGGGUGCCAGUGGUGGGAGACUCAUGGAGGCCAACCCCACUCCUGAGGCCGGCCGCUCUGGCUUCUUCGUGGAGAGCCCCAGGAGUUCUAUGAAGACCAACAACCCCAUGAAGCUCCGAGCGCUCAAGGUCAACUUCAUGGAGGGCGAUCCCAGCCCGCUGCUGCCCUCUCUGGGGAUGUACCACGAUCCUCUUAGGAACAGAGGGGGUGCAGCGGCUGCGGUCGCAGGACUGGAGUGCGCCUCACUCUUAGACAAGCCUGUGCUGAGCCCAGAGUCCUCCAUCUACACCACAGCAAGUGCCAGGACACCCCCUCUCUCCCCCGAGAAACACACAGCAAUAGCAUUCAACUUUGAGGCGGGCGUCCACCAGUACAUAGACACGGACACAGAUGAUGAGGGGCAGCCGCUCUACAGCGUGGACUCCAGUCCUCCCAAGAGUAUCCACGGGAGCACCAGCCCCAAGUUCAGCAUCGGAGCUAGAACGGAGAAGAAUCAUUUUGAAAGCUCCCCCUUGCCCACCUCCCCUAAGUUCCUAAGGCCAAACUGUGUCUACUCCUCAGAAGGGUUGACUGGGAAAGGCCCCGGAGCUCAAGAGAAGUGCAAGCUGGAGAACCACACCUCCCCCGACGUGCACAUGCUGCCUGGGGGAGGAGCACAUGGGAGCACUCGGGAUCAGAGCAUCUGAGCUGCCCACCACAGAGGGGAGUUUGCAGGAGAAAUCAAGGAAGGGGGAUGCUUGGCUUGCUGCCGCUGAGUUCUACAUAACCUCGGAGACACAAGCCCCCCCUCCCCCCGCAGAGCUCCAACAACAGGAGAGACCCUGAGAGCCAUGACAGGUCUAUGGGACACAUAACCAGCCAAGCCAUGGGGACCAUACCUCCUAACAGCACCUUCCCGAGAUGGAAUGAGCAGAGCUCACAGCCACUAAGACCUAGCCUGGGCCAUCCACUUCCUAGUUCCCUCUUGAGGCUCUCCCAACCUCUGAGUGCGCCAUUGCCAUCUCUGAAUGAGGACAUCGGAGCAAGGGACUGCUAGCGGAAGAGAGGGUUGACCAAGUAGUACUGGGUGUUGCCCAGCCACCUCCAAGAACAUCUGCCCUCCGUGGCAAGAUCGUGCUGUUAGAAGGGUCCAGGGGACACUUUGAUCAUGAGGAAUUCUCUGCUCCAUCGGCCAUGGUCCCGGCGCAUAACCCGUAACCAGGCAAGCGGCUUGAAUGAGUCAGUAUUCUGUGGUGCCCAGGGCUUUAUUCUAGGACGCUGUCAGGGUGAGCUGACAGUCCGGACGCCAUUCUUUCUGCCCACCUGGCGACCGAGGAAGGGUUCAGACAGUUGGCAUGCAGCCAGGGGGAUAAACCAGACCACCGCUUUUAGGGCCGUCACAGCAACGAGCGUUCCAGACAGCACUAGCCUGAACUCAAAAGAUAGGUGAGCGUCAAAUAUGCAAACAAGAUAGAUUAUUCAAAGAGACUGUGUGGCUGAAGAACCGCAUUAAAAAAUAAUAAAUUUCAUUUUCUACAUGAAAAAAAGAAAAGGAAAAACAAAGCCCUCCCUGAACUGCCCUGUGCAGGCUUCUGACGACUUUUCGUUGUGGCGGGAAACAUAGGAACAUACAUACCAUGAGAGAAGUUCUUUUUUUGUUUUGUUUUGUUUUUGUUCUUUUGUUUGUUUCCUGUGGUAUUCAAACUAAAAAAAUAAUAAUAAGUUAAUAAAAAGCACUUUAUGUUUUUCUAAUCUAGGUUCUACCAGGGACAGUGUCAAGAUCUUGCACUUUAAACCAAGCACUAUUUCCCAUGGGCCGCAUGGUGGCCCUGCACUUGGGGUGUUACUCGUGCCCCUUUCUGGCCACACUGGGUCUCACUGUCACCGCAUUAGAGUCCGGGGCUCCUCCAUGGCCCCUCAGGAUCACCCCUCAUCCCUCAUGGGUCAGAAGAGGUCCUCAGCCCUCAGGGCAGGGCUCUCUUAAAAUCCCGUGUGAAAGAGACACACGUGUCUCAGAAGGGCGCAGCAACUGGGGGUUGGGUAUUGUACUGUUCUUUCUUGUCAACCAGCCAUUGUGUGUUCUGUGUCCCUGUCUGUCCUGGAAGCCCGAUGCUCCUUCCCGCAGCCAUCUAGGCAGACGGCACAGCCAAAAGCAAUAAGUACCCGUGUGUAUCCCUAGAGGUUCUGACGUACUUCCUGGUGUCAGUCUUCCUGUCCUAGCGUGUUGGCCUGGCGUUGUCCUGCCUGCUUCUAACCCAGUGGCACGGUGUUGUUGGCCCUUCCUUGGUGACACCAGUCUGCACGAUGCUGUAGCUAUGGCCUGUCUAUCAGUAAAGGUGGUGUUAUUGGCCAGCCUGUCGGCAGUACAUGGGGCAAUGUGAUUUUCUUACUAUGGUGGUAGUGGAUAAUGUCCCAAAGGCUGUAGUGUCCUCCUUUCUGUCCUCAGAACAGUGACAGGCGUGUGUCUUCCUGAUGGAGCAAUGACAUGAUAUUGAUCACCUGUCCUCAGUAUAAUUUAUGGCUGGUCUGCCCAACAGUUCAAUGGCAUGAUCUACCCAUCAGCACACUUCCAUCCCAAUGUUCAGCCUCCUGUUCCAUGGCUGAGGUCAGGCCACCUGUCCCAGGUAGAACGCUCCAGGGUUAUUACAUCAACCUUAAACAAAGUGUCUUCUACAGUUUGUGACAGUUCUCAGCAUCUCCGGGGACCAGGGUGUUCUCCCUCCGGAGGGUGCAUUUGCUGUGGUUGGAGAAGACUGAGACAUCUGCUGUCUCGCAGGCCUUGGAGCUUUCUCAAAAUGGUUGUGAAGGGGUAGCCAGUGAAGGUCACCCUGUCCAGCAGUGCCCUGGAGGCAGGAAGCAGGGGGGACUCCAGAGCCCCCUGCUGAGCUCGGCCUGGUGCUGGGGGGCUGUUGCUGUGACCACGGUCCUUUCUGCUCACCAUCUCCCACGCCUUUGUUUUUUUCACCGCCCUAGAUGUCACCCAGCAGCACAAAUGUGAAAAUUCAGGGAAAACAAAACAAAUGCUUUUUGAUAAAAAGUAAAUAGUUGUGAUUUCCGAUUCAGAUAUUUUUAGAGCUAUCUGUAAAAACUCCUACUGAUGAUAGAGUCUAUUUUACAUAUCAGGAAGUAAACAUGUCUUAACAUAGCCAUAUAUAGCCAGAAGGAAGUUACCGCCCCCUUCUUCAAAUCAAGGCAUUUCAUUUGUUGGUUAAGCCGAAGGCAGGUGUACAGAAGAGAAAUGACUUCUUUCUUUUUAAGAAAUACUUGGUGCGACUUCUCCUUGUAACCAAAGGCCCCUUCUGCCUUGUGUCAUGCAGGACCUGGCUGUCCCUUCCUCCUGCCUUUUGUCUGACCUUAAAGUAGCAUUUUACAGAGUCAAUGAAGGACGAAUUCAGAGUACCCUUUCCCAGCUGAAUAAACAGAGUCUGACCGAGUUCGUAUAGAAAUUCAUCAACUCAGAGUAAACUAUGCGUAAACGUUUUUUGCUUUGUUUUGGGUUUUGCUGGUUUGUUUUGUUGUUGUUUUUGUUUCUGUUCUUCCCCACUUAUAUGUGCGUGUGCCGUGGGAAUACAGCUUUUCCUCCACAUGUGACUCGAGUUAGUACUGUAAAUUUUCCUACCAGCCCUCCACCUUCUAAAAAGGAACAGUUUCAUUCCACACACACCCAACAUGGGUACCUGCGUUUACAUGCACUGGGGAAGCUGGAGAAGGGUCACCAAGAUGAAGCUGAAUCUGACAGAUGGUUCUCAGUCAUGAAAAGGGAAGCCAAGGUGUGGAGACAGAGGCGAGGCCCCUGAGCUUGGUGGUCCAUUUCUGCCUGUCCUGAGUCAACCGGAACAGAAGGAAGUGAGGUACCCUGAAUAACAUCGAGGGCUGGAGGUGGAGAUUCAGUUAUGGUUCAGUUAUGAAACCAACAGGACUGUCAAGAACCCAGUCUAACUCGAGUUCCAGCAUCCAUUCCAUCAUCAGAAAAGGCAUCGGGCAUCUGUGUGCACCCAUCCAUCAUGCCGGGAAAGCCUGACCCAUGGGAGAGGGGAGGACAGAUCAGUGCUCUCACCCUUCCAUCAUUGGAUGCCCCCAAAACAACAGGUCUCAGGCUGCGGAUUUCUCUCUUCCAUCUUAAGCACAUUGAGAGGAGAAAGAGAGAAAGAGGAGAUGUUGGUCAUCGAAGAAAGAGGAACUACCCAAAUCAUGAGGAAGCCAUCCUUGACCCACUCUGCUCGCCCCCAACAGUUGAGCCUUGUCUUCUGGUCCACCUCCUCUGUAUUCCAUAGCUGCAGCCUCAUCUCGGCCCCUUCUCCUGAGAAGGAAGGAAAAAAACCACACAAGACACAACAGCAUCCUCGUCUAUACAACUGUAACGUACUGGCGACUUUUGUAAUUAUUAUGCGUUUGUCUGACUCUGGUCAUGGCUGGAAUGUCUAGUCCAUGAGCAAGGACAUAUUUAAAAUUCAUCCCAGACAAGGGUCCCUAAAGCCAGGUUUCUCUAUAUAGCUUGAUAGAAAGAUAGAUAUAGAUAAAGAAAUAUCUCUCCUUUCCCUAUUUCUCUGCCAACUUUUCUCAAGUAAAGAAACCGCAGGUUACGCUAAAUCAAAGAUUGCACAGGAGAGCUUCUAGAACAUGUUCCUUCGGAGAUGUGCUUUGUGCUUGUGUAGCUGAGAAGUUGGCAGAAGAAAGAAGGGGACUCCCAGGUCCCCAGAAGGACAUUAGAACCCUCCAGCCCCAGGCAUUUCCUAACCUAUUAUUGUUUAUAUGACAAUACUCCAAUGCUUUCAUGUCACCAGGCCAGGGCCACCCAAACCAGCCCCGGGCACACCUGGAAAUAAGAGUUACCUCUGCAUUUUCUGUUGCCAUUUUUUCUGGCUCUAGACGCAUCUAUAUCCUAGGACGUCCACACAUCUCAGAAUAGUCUAUUUUUUUGUUCAAAUAAAAAAUAUAUAUAUAAUAUGUAUUUUUAGUAUAUUUAUAAUAGGACAAUUUAGUCUAAUUUCUUUUGUAACAGUAAUAUCUUGGGGGUUUUAUCGUUGCUCAUUUGCAUAGCUGGUCUUUUCUGCUCCCCAUUAUUCCUUCCCACUGUCCUUUGGGCUGUUUUUUUCUUUUCUUCUGUUGGAUUCUCAUUGUCUGGAGGUGAGGAAAGACUUGGGUUUGACAUCCUAGAAGACUGAGUUCCUGGCCCUGGGGGUGGGGGGAAUCUGUGUUUUUCCUCAUCAGGUCUGUGUCCCCCUGAGUUCCUGGCCCCCCAGGGGUGGCCAUUUUGUCUUUCUUCAUCAGGUCUGUGUCCCCCUGGCUGUCACUCUUAAGAAUCCAGGUGUUCAGGAGCAAGCCAGGUGAAGCAGAGGUGUAGUUGGGACCUGGGUUGCCAGGAGCUCAGGCCCUACCCUCCCAGGAUCUUAAAAGGACCGAGCUUUCUGGUUCCCCAAAAUACUGGAACCAAAACCCUCCUGCAAGCAAACUUGCUUCCGAGCAAUCGCUGAGCUCAGGAACACACCUGAGUCCCUCUUGGCCAGACUGCCCCCCUGUCCAGCAUUCUGCUUCCCAGGGCCACCAGCUGGAUCCAGGGACCAGAGCAUUGUGCAGGCUCUGGCAAACCUCAGAGGAAUGUGCUACAUCUCCGAUCCAUUUCUCACAGUCUCACCAAAAACCAGUGACCAGACAGCCUUUUAGCCAAAAACUGAGGCGUGACAGCCCAACGCUGCGAUCGUCCUGCCCAGUCCUUCUCAGCAGCACCAAGGGUGAAAUUUGGGGCAAGGGCCUCAGUGUUUUUCCAGCUUCCGCUUUUCCAGGCCUCUAGUCCUUGGUCAGUUCCAAACAUUCAUAUGCGAGGAGAUUUUGAGCCUGGGGGCAGGUGAUGGGCAGACACCACGUGGAAUCAAGGGGUUCUUCCAUCAGUCACCUACAUGGGACAGCAAAGAAAGCCAACCAGACUGCCUCCCAUGCUCAACAGGUCACCUGCCUGCCUUAGCUUCACCAGCAUCAGAGAUUUGGGUCGAGCCAGGACCUUCUCCAUCUCAAACAGUGAUGAUGUCCCCAACUGAAAGAACCCCAAGAGGAUGCUAACCCAAACACAAUUCAUUAUCCUGGUGGUUGGAUUUUCUUUUCUUCCCUUUGGUUUUGUUCUGUUUUGUGGUGUUUGGAAUCUAACUAGGGCCUGGGCUGUGUCGCACAAGCGCCUGACCCCUGAGCUAUAUCCAGUUCCUGAAUGUAUUAUUUUGGAAUGUGAUUCUAAUCAGUUUCCCCAUCCCUAAAAUUCCUGGUAGUCUGAUUUGUUCCAGAGUCAAAUAAAACAGACAAGAUUUUGUGUUUGUGCAUGUGUGUGUGUGUGUGUGUGUGUGUGUGCAUGUGUGUGUGUAUGUGUGUGUGUGUAACUUUUGCAUAAGAACAAAAUUAAAAAGUACUGUCCUGUUAUUUCCCAGGUUUCCUACCUGGAUAAGUAAACAUUGGCUGUCUUCUCAAGAAAGAGGGGGUAUGCUCUGAUCUUCUUUCCUUGCUGUAGAAUUUCUCUAGAAAUUUCCAAACGGCAAUUUGAAUGGAAUUUGGAAGGGGCUGUUAGUCAAGUGAUCCCUCCUCUCCACAUCUAGCCCUACCUCUGCCCCCUCAGCCAAGGUCCUGAAGAAAUCUAAAAGCUAGCAGGAGAGCUUGGGCAGGGAGCUGGCCCAAGAGAGUAGCCACCUAAUGUGAGUUGGUCAGUUUCCACUCAAAGCCAGUAAACCCUUUCUCAUUAGUUAGCUAAUCUGCUCAUGGAAUGCAGUGCAUGGUGGGUAAGGAGCUCCUGACUACCCACUGUAUUGCAGGUGUUCACAGGGAGUCUGGUAAUACACAAAUGGGCCCUGGCAUAAUCACAAAAUUGAACUGGAAACUCAAAGCAAUUCUUUCUUGGUUGUUGUGUGUGUUGCUGUCCAUGGCCUUAUAUGCACAUAUCGGUAUCUGAUAGGUGUCUUGAACAUUCUGGGCCCAGGUUCAAGCCACAUAGACAAGGUCUUGGAGCACAGCUAGUGGGACCUAAGGUUAUAGGAUCAGGGCCAUCCUAGGAGGCACCAAAACAAGAAGGUUGCAGCAGGGGACUCAACUCACAAGCCUGACCUGUCAAUCAUUCACCCAACCCUUUCCCGGUGGCCUAACAAGGACCACUUGGAGAUGAGAUGCAUGCUGCCCUUUCCCUGGCCAGCAGAGCGUCAGUCCACAAAGUCCUACCUGCGGUUGGUCACCGCAUGGUGCUUCAGCCUCUUCCCCUAGAUCCUGUGCCCACCAAAAAGACGCAGUGAUCACCCCACAAGCCAGCCACCCACUGCCCAGACAAUCCCAAAAGACGCCAUUCCAAAAAGGGCUUUUUGUUUCCCUGUUAAAUAAAAUGUUGAACCUAGUCAAGAUUUUCAAAGAUCUCUACUCACAAAAUAAAUUCAGAAAAAAAUAAAAAAAAAACUGAGGUAGCCGUAAUUUCCGCUUUCAAGAAACAAAGCUCCAGCUGCUUCCAAGAAGAGAGGCUGCUCCCCACAUCCAUCCCCAAAGGACUUGCCUCCUGCCAUUCACCUUCACUCAGUACAGAGCUGAUGAGCUCUUCCUCGCUGGGCAUGAUGGGUAUGGAGGAGGUGGCAUGUGAACUUCCAAGGGAGUCCAAGUCCAGUUGGUCUCAGUGGUUUUGAAAGGCAAGGUAGACCAGUAGACCGAGGUUGGCUGAAUCACUUUCUCCUAAAACUGAAUUGAACAGAAACCAGUUUCCAAAAUCUCAACCCACAGAGAUGUUGCCCAAGACACUCAGCUGCAGUUACAGUGCAGUUGGGGGGAACGUAGGGAAUCCCCAAUUCUGUCCCACUUAGAUGUGCUCCAAGCCACACACUUCCUGCCUCCCUAAGCAAAGCUCUGGGUAGACAGAGCUAGACCCAACUGCACAGCUCCCAGCCUCUGGGCUUCCCCGGGGUUUGAGACUUCUGUGACCAGCGGGCAUUCAUGAGCCAGAUUUAACUUCAGGGAGUACAGGGCAGCUAUCCUUUUUCUAGGUCCACUCGGUUUGGGUCUAAGCUAAAGGUCAGGGAGCCCACCUUUCUACACCAGAAGCUUGUGGCACACAAUGAUCAUCCGGCUUGUGUUUUGGGGACCGUGGGAGCGGGAAGUGGAUGGGGGCAUAGUAAAAAGGAGCCUCACCUGGCUUGGGGGUUGCUAACUGGGGAGGAAAGAAUGGGAGUCCCUUUCUCUCUGCACUGCCCCUGCUGAUCCCGUGUCUUCUAUGACUGUCUGGAGUCACAGUAAUGCUUACAUUUGAUGUUGGUAGCCUCGAACUGAUAGGGACCUGGUCUACUCAGAGCCUCUUGCCCUGAGGCCGGCCAGCACCUGCUGCCUUCCUGCUUGUUCUACUUCAGUUCACAGGGAGGUCCCACAGAGACCACAGUGGACAUCCAGUAGUUCAAGCCAAGGGUCCAAGGUAGAGGUGGUCUGGGACUUGGCGAGGGCAGGAAGAUGGGAGCCAGUGUCUGUAACCGGAUCUCAUUUCCUGAGUUGUAAGAACCAAGAACCAAUGGUCUCUCCUUUUAACUGAGCCCCAAAGGCUCGCUUACAUUGACAAGCAUGCCAAUCCCAUCAGCUCAGACCCUCUGCCCCUCCCAGGACCCUAUAGCGUAAGGCUGGGGUUCUUCUGCCAGCAAAGCCAUUCUGAUUGCCCCACCCUCCAAGGGGGCCAAGCCAAUCAUAUUAGCCAUAUUCCACCAGGGUCCUCAGCCACCUUUCUUCCUGUUGUGUUCAUGGGUCCUGUUGAACCUUCACCAGUGGAAGGCUCUAGUCCUUCCUGUACAUGUGACAAUGUGCAUUGGUGUGCAUGUGCUCAUACAUGCACAUGAGUGUGCACACAAGAAAACCAACCAAACCCCAGUGUUGUCUUCUGCAUGUGGUGAGAUGGACUUGUGACCCUUGUGUGACCGCCAGCUGCUGUCCUGUCUUGUAAAAAAAAACGUUCACAUGUUUAAGAAUUUCCAAGCAAAUGGUCCCUUAAUGAAGUCUGCAGCGUUCAAUAAAAGAUCCGGAGAAAACAAG